AAGACAGAAUCCAGAGUAGCAGAGACUUUGUGCCCCCGUUGGAGAGAUGGUUGAGUCCUCGUCAAGGUUGCUGUGGUAUCCCAGAAACACCAUUCACUCCGAGCUGUGACCGCGCACCAACAACAGCAACAACUCCACUGCGCCGGGCUGAGGAGCAGGAAUUAGGAGCUCGCGAAUAAUAUGAAAGGGAUCCGCAAAGGGGAAAGCCGAGCAAAGGAAUCCAAACCCGGGGAGCCUGGCACGAGAAGAUGCGCUAAAUGUGGCCGCCUAGACUUCAUCCUGAUGAAGAAAAUGGGGAUUAAAAGUGGAUUUACGUUUUGGAAUCUCGUCUUCUUAUUGACGGUGUCUUGUGUGAAAGGAUUUAUUUAUACAUGUGGUGGAACUUUAAAAGGACUUAAUGGCACUAUAGAAAGCCCUGGUUUUCCAUAUGGAUAUCCAAAUGGUGCAAACUGUACAUGGGUAAUAAUAGCAGAAGAACGGAAUAGAAUACAAAUUGUUUUUCAGUCAUUUGCUCUAGAAGAAGAAUAUGACUACUUAUCCUUAUAUGAUGGACAUCCUCAUCCUACAAACUUUAGGACAAGGUUAACAGGAUUCCAUCUGCCACCGCCAGUGACAAGCACUAAAUCUGUGUUCUCACUACGUUUGACCAGUGAUUUUGCAGUUAGCGCUCAUGGGUUUAAAGUAUAUUAUGAAGAAUUGCAGAGUAGCUCUUGUGGAAACCCAGGAGUCCCACCCAAAGGUGUAUUAUAUGGUACACGGUUUGAUGUUGGGGACAAGAUCCGCUACAGCUGUGUAACUGGAUAUAUUCUUGAUGGCCACCCUCAACUCACCUGUAUAGCCAAUUCAGUGAAUACAGCCUCAUGGGAUUUUCCUGUUCCCAUCUGCAGAGCAAGGACUCUUUGCAGUGGCCUUGCCCUUAUAGGGACCAUCUGCUUGGACCCUGUGGCCAUGGCUCUGGGCUACUCCAUUCUUCAAAAUUUAGAUGGUGGAAACCAUGCCUCCAUUGCUCUUCUGGACAGGGGUAGGGUCUUCGUGGCUUUGAGUAUACUAGCCCAUGGCUUUGGGUUAUCUGGGAUGAAUAUACCACCACCAAUUAUCAGCAACAAAAACUGGCUCAGGCUUCAUUUUGUUACAGACAGCAAUCACCGAUAUCGUGGAUUUAGUGCUCCAUAUCAAGGUUCUUCUACAUUGGCCCACACUACCUCCACUGGUGAGUUAGAGGAGCAUAACAGGACUACCACUGGUGCUUUUGCUGUUGCUAGCACAUCUGCAGAUGUUACUGUAUCCAGUGUUACAGCUGUCACCAUCCAUAGACUAUCCGAGGAACAGCGAGUGCAAGUUACGAAUCUCAGAAAUUCAGGUCUGGACCCCAACACGUCCAAGGACGGGCUCUCUCCUCAUCAAGCAGAUACACAGAGUACAAGGAGAAGACCAAGAAAUGCUGAACAGAUAGAAAGAACUAAAGAGCUUGCAGUUGUUACUCAUAGAGUGAAAAAGGCCAUAGAUUUUAAAUCUAGAGGAUUUAAAUUGUUUCCAGGGAAAGACAACAGCAACAAGUUUUCUAUCUUAAAUGAGGGAGGUAUUAAAACAGCUUCCAAUCUAUGCCCAGAUCCAGGAGAACCAGAAAAUGGAAAGAGAGUUGGAUCAGAUUUUAGCCUUGGAUCAACUGUGCAAUUCUCUUGUGAUGAAGAUUAUGUCUUACAAGGCGCUAAGAGCAUCACCUGUCAACGGAUAGCUGAAGUCUUUGCUGCUUGGAGCGAUCAUAGGCCUGUAUGUAAAGUGAAGACAUGUGGCUCUAAUCUUCAAGGACCAAGUGGCACCUUUACGUCUCCCAACUUCCCAUUCCAGUAUGACAGCAAUGCACAGUGCGUCUGGGUCAUCACAGCAGUGAAUACAAAUAAGGUUAUACAGAUAAAUUUUGAAGAAUUUGAUCUGGAGAUUGGCUAUGAUACCUUAACGAUUGGUGAUGGAGGUGAAGUUGGAGAUCCCAGGACAGUGCUUCAAGUGCUGACUGGAAGCUUUGUGCCCGACUUGAUAGUGAGCAUGAGUAGCCAAAUGUGGCUGCACCUUCAAACAGAUGAAAGUGUGGGAUCUGUUGGCUUCAAGGUGAACUACAAAGAAAUUGAAAAAGAAAGUUGUGGUGAUCCUGGUACACCCUUAUAUGGAAUUAGGGAAGGCGAUGGAUUUUCUAAUCGUGAUGUUUUAAGGUUCGAAUGCCAGUUUGGGUUUGAAUUAAUUGGAGAGAAAUCCAUUGUUUGUCAAGAGAAUAACCAAUGGUCUGCAAACAUACCCAUCUGUAUCUUUCCUUGUCUGUCUAACUUUACUGCACCGAUGGGAACAGUGCUUUCUCCUGAUUACCCAGAAGGGUAUGGAAAUAAUUUAAACUGCAUCUGGACAAUAAUCUCUGAUCCAGGGAGCCGGAUACAUCUUUCUUUUAAUGACUUUGAUCUGGAAUCUCAGUUUGACUUCCUUGCUGUUAAAGAUGGUGAUUCUUCAGACUCCCCAAUUCUUGGAACCUUUACUGGGGCUGAGGUGCCUUCCCAUCUUACUAGUAAUAGUCAUAUACUGCGAUUGGAAUUUCAAGCGGACCACUCAAUGUCGGGACGUGGCUUUAACAUCACUUAUAACAGUAAAUUUCAGACUGAACUAAAUUAUGAUGUUCUGGAAGUCCAUGAUGGACCAAAUCUUCUGUCACCCUUGCUUGGAUCCUACAAUGGUACACAAGUGCCCCAGUUUCUAUUCAGUAGCAGUAAUUUUAUAUACCUUCUAUUUACAACAGACAACAGCCGUUCUAAUAAUGGUUUCAAGAUUCAUUAUGAAAGUGUUACAGUGAACACUUAUUCUUGCUUGGACCCUGGCAUUCCUGUACAUGGCCGUCGCUACGGUCAUGAUUUCUCCAUAGGUUCUACUGUUUCAUUUAGUUGUGAUCCAGGAUACAGGUUGAGCCAUGAAGAGCCUCUUCUGUGUGAGAAAAACCACUGGUGGAGUCAUCCACUCCCAACCUGUGAUGCUUUAUGUGGUGGAGAUGUUCGAGGGCCUAGUGGAACAAUCUUAUCACCUGGUUACCCGGAAUUUUAUCCAAAUUCUCUGAAUUGUACAUGGACUGUUGAUGUAACUCAUGGAAAAGAAUAUAACCUCGAACCUUGUGAAGAUCCUAGAAUUCCUCAAUAUGGUAACAGAAUUGGGUUCAACUUUGGGGUUGGUGACACUCUGACCUUCUCGUGCUCAUCAGGUUACCGACUGGAAGGGACGUCAGAGAUCAUCUGUCUUGGUGGUGGCCGACGAGUGUGGAGUGCGCCUCUGCCAAGGUGUGUGGCUGAAUGUGGUGCCUCUGCAACAAAUAAUGAAGGAAUUUUGCUUUCUCCAAAUUAUCCACUCAACUAUGAAAACAACCAUGAAUGCAUUUAUAGUAUUCAGGUUCAAGCAGGAAAGGGAAUCAAUAUUUCAGCCAGAACAUUUCAUUUAGCACAAGGAGAUGUUCUUAAGAUUUAUGAUGGAAAAGAUAAAACGACUCAUCUACUAGGUGCAUUUACUGGUGCAUCUAUGCGAGGAUUGACACUUAGCAGUACUUCAAAUCAACUCUGGCUAGAAUUUAAUUCUGAUUCUGAAGGGACAGAUGAAGGUUUUCAACUUGUCUAUACCAGUUUUGAACUUUCACAUUGUGAGGAUCCUGGCAUUCCACAAUUUGGAUACAAGAUCAGUGACCAAGGCCACUUUGCUGGUAGCACUAUUAUUUAUGGAUGCAAUCCAGGCUACACUCUUCAUGGCAGUAGCCUUCUCAAGUGCAUGACAGGGGAGAGAAGGGCCUGGGACUAUCCUCUGCCUUCCUGUAUUGCUGAAUGUGGAGGUCGUUUUAAAGGAGAAUCAUCAGGAAGAAUCUUAUCUCCUGGUUAUCCCUUUCCAUAUGACAAUAAUCUGCGUUGCAUGUGGGUGAUUGAGGUCGAUCCAGGAAACAUUGUCAGCCUACAGUUUCUUGCUUUUGAUACGGAAGCAUCACAUGAUAUACUCCGAGUUUGGGAUGGUCCACCAGAAAACGAGAUGCUCCUGAAGGAAAUCAGUGGAUCUCUUAUUCCUGAAGGGAUCCAUAGCACUCUCAACAUAGUAACCAUCCAGUUCGACACAGAUUUCUAUAUCAGCAAAUCUGGAUUUGCAAUUCAGUUUUCAAGUUCUGUUGCCACUGCGUGUCGUGACCCAGGAGUUCCCAUGAAUGGGACUCGAAAUGGGGAUGGACGAGAACCUGGGGACACUGUUGUUUUUCAAUGUGACCCAGGAUAUGAGCUUCAAGGAGAGGAAAGAAUAACCUGCAUUCAGGUAGAAAAUCGAUACUUCUGGCAGCCCAGCCCACCAGUCUGUAUAGCACCCUGUGGAGGCAAUUUAACAGGAUCUUCAGGCUUUAUUCUUUCACCAAAUUUCCCUCAUCCAUAUCCCCAUAGCAGAGACUGUGACUGGACUAUCACUGUCAACACUGACUAUGUUAUCUCCUUGGCAUUUAUCAGUUUUAGCAUAGAACCUAACUAUGACUUCCUCUAUAUAUAUGAUGGACCAGACAGUAAUAGCCCACUGAUUGGAAGUUUUCAAGACAGCAAGUUACCGGAGAGAAUAGAAAGCAGCUCAAAUACUAUGCAUUUGGCUUUUCGGAGUGAUGGAUCUGUUAGUUACACUGGAUUUCAUUUAGAAUAUAAAGCAAAACUUCGAGAGUCCUGCUUUGAUCCAGGCAAUAUAAUGAAUGGCACCAGACUUGGAAUGGAUUAUAAAUUAGGAUCAACAGUCACCUAUUACUGUGAUGCUGGUUAUGUUCUUCAAGGUUAUUCGACACUCACCUGUAUCAUGGGAGAUGAUGGAAGACCUGGAUGGAAUAGAGCCUUACCAAGUUGUCAUGCACCCUGUGGAAGUCGUUCAACAGGUUCAGAAGGCACUGUUCUGUCACCAAACUAUCCAAAAAAUUACAGUGUUGGACAUAAUUGUGUUUAUUCUAUAGCAGUUCCCAAGGAGUUUGUGGUGUUUGGCCAGUUUGUAUUUUUCCAGACAUCACUCCACGAUGUUGUUGAGGUGUAUGAUGGGCCAACUCAGCAAUCUUCUCUGUUAUCUUCCCUCUCAGGAUCCCAUUCAGGAGAAUCACUUCCACUGAGUUCAGGUAAUCAGAUCACAAUUCGAUUUACUUCAGUUGGACCAAUAACAGCUAAGGGAUUUCACUUUGUUUAUCAAGCUGUUCCUAGAACAAGUUCCACACAAUGCAGUUCUGUGCCUGAACCAAGAUUUGGAAGAAGGAUUGGCAAUGAAUUUGCGGUUGGCUCAUUGGUUCUUUUUGAAUGUAAUCCAGGAUAUAUCCUCCAUGGAUCCAUUGCAAUUAGGUGUGAUACAGUGCCCAAUUCUUUGGCCCAAUGGAAUGAUUCUUUACCUACCUGUAUUGUGCCCUGUGGUGGAAUUUUAACUAAACGCAAAGGGACUAUUUUGUCUCCUGGAUACCCUGAGCCUUAUGACAACAAUCUGAAUUGUGUAUGGAAGAUCACAGUGCCAGAGGGAGCUGGCAUUCAAGUGCAAGUUGUCAGCUUUGCUACAGAACAUAAUUGGGAUUCUCUGGACUUUUAUGAUGGGGGAGACAACAAUGCUCCACGACUUGGAAGUUAUUCAGGAACAACAAUACCCCAUCUGUUGAAUAGUACGUCUAAUAAUCUGUAUCUAAAUUUUCAAUCAGACAUCAGUGUUUCUGCUGCAGGAUUUCACCUUGAAUACACAGCAAUUGGUUUGGACUCCUGUCCUGAACCACAAACUCCUAGCAGUGGAAUGAAAAUUGGAGACAGAUAUAUGGUUGGUGAUGUGGUAUCCUUUCAGUGUGAUCAAGGAUAUUCUCUACAGGGUCAUUCUCACAUUACAUGUAUGCCAGGACCUGUAAGAAGAUGGAAUUAUCCAAUCCCAAUUUGUUUGGCUCAGUGUGGUGGUGCUAUGUCAGAUUUCAGCGGUGUGAUCCUCAGCCCUGGGUUUCCUGGAAACUACCCUAGCAGUUUAGAUUGCACGUGGACAAUAAAGCUGCCCGUAGGUUUUGGCGUACAUCUCCAGUUUGUCAAUUUUUCUACAGAAACGAUACAUGAUUAUUUGGAAGUAAGAAGUGGAUCUUCAGAAACUAGUACUGUUAUUGGCCGACUUAGUGGUCCUCAAAUACCAUCUUCCCUAUUUAGUACGACCCAUGAAACCAGUUUGUAUUUUCACAGUGACUAUUCACAAAACAAACAAGGGUUCCACAUUGUAUACCAAGCAUAUCAGUUGCAAAGCUGUCCUGAUCCACGCCCGUUUCGAAAUGGUUUUGUAAUUGGCAAUGAUUUUACUGUGGGUCAGACCAUUUCAUUUGAAUGUUUCCCUGGAUACACACUAAUUGGAAAUUCAGCUCUCACUUGCCUUCAUGGAGUGAGUCGUAAUUGGAAUCAUCCACUUCCAAGGUGUGAAGCUCUUUGUGGAGGAAAUAUAACUGCAAUGAAUGGCACUGUUUAUUCUCCUGGGUAUCCCGAUGAAUAUCCUAACUUUCAGGACUGUUUUUGGCUUGUGAGAGUACCUCCUGGGAAUGGAAUCUACAUCAAUUUUACUGUCCUUCAAACAGAACCAAUCUAUGAUUUCAUUACUGUAUGGGAUGGACCAGACCAAAACUCACCUCAGAUUGGGCAGUUCAGUGGCAAUACAGCUUUGGAAUCAGUCUAUAGCACUUCAAAUCAGAUUCUAAUCAAAUUUCACAGUGAUUUCACAACAAGUGGCUUUUUUGUGCUCAGUUACCACGCUUAUCAACUAAGAGUGUGCCAGCCUCCACCACCUGUACCCAAUGCUGAAAUUUUGACAGAAGAUGAUGAAUUCGAAAUAGGUGACAUUAUUAGGUAUCAGUGUCUUCCAGGAUUUACUUUGGUUGGCAAUGCAAUUCUGACAUGCAGAUUAGGAGAACGACUCCAGAUGGAUGGAGCACCUCCAGUUUGUCAGGUGCUCUGCCCCGCCAAUGAAUUACGGCUAGAUUCCACAGGAGUCAUAUUGAGCCCUGGAUAUCCUGACAGUUACCCAAAUCUUCAAAUGUGUGCCUGGAGCAUCUCAGUAGAAAAAGGAUAUAAUAUCAGCAUGUUUGUAGAGUUCUUCCAGACAGAAAAGGAAUUUGAUGUUCUUCAGGUGUAUGAUGGACCAAAUAUUCAAAGUCCAGUGCUUAUUUCCCUCAGUGGAGAUUACUCUUCUGCUUUUAAUAUAACAAGCAAUGGUCACGAAGUAUUUCUGCAAUGGUCAGCAGAUCAUGGCAAUAACAAAAAAGGCUUCCGGAUAAGAUAUAUAGCUUUCUACUGUAGUACACCAGAAUCUCCACCUCAUGGAUACAUUAUCAGUCAGACAGGUGGACAACUUAAUAGUGUGGUCCGCUGGGCCUGUGACCGAGGAUUCCGACUUGUUGGGAAAAGCAGUGCUGUGUGCAGAAAGUCUUCCUAUGGGUAUCAUGCAUGGGAUGCGCCGGUCCCUGCUUGUCAAGCAAUUUCCUGUGGGAUUCCUAAAGCUCCAACAAAUGGAGGAAUACUCACAACAGACUACUUGGUAGGAACCCGAGUUACCUAUUUUUGUAAUGAUGGAUAUAGAUUGUCAUCUAAGGAACUUACCACAGCCAUAUGUCAAUCAGAUGGAACUUGGAGCAAUCAUAACAAGACCCCUCGCUGUGUUGUUGUUACAUGUCCAAGCAUCAAUUCCUUUACCUUGGAACACGGAAGAUGGCGAAUUGUGAAUGGCUCCCAUUAUGAAUACAAAACUAAGGUAGUUUUCAGCUGUGAUCCUGGUUAUCAUGGACUAGGUCCUGCUUCUAUCGAAUGUCUUCCUAAUGGUACCUGGAGUUGGAGAAAUGAAAGACCGUAUUGCCAAAUUAUUUCCUGUGGAGAACUACCUACACCUCCAAAUGGAAAUAAGAUUGGAACUCAAACUUCAUAUGGCUCCACGGCCAUCUUUACCUGUGACUCCGGAUUCAUGCUUGUGGGCUCUGCAGUACGGGAAUGCCUUUCUUCAGGUCUUUGGAGUGGAUCUGAAACCAAAUGCCUAGCGGGUCACUGUGGAAUUCCAGAGCUCAUUGUGAAUGGUCAAGUCAUUGGAGAAAAUUAUGGAUACAGAGACACAGUUGUUUAUCAAUGUAAUCCUGGUUUUCGAUUGAUUGGUUCUUCAGUGAGAAUAUGUCAACAGGAUCACAACUGGUCUGGUCAGCUGCCAUCCUGUGUGCCUGUUAGCUGUGGUCACCCUGGUAGUCCAAUUUAUGGAAGAACAAGUGGUAAUGGAUUCAACUUUAAUGAUGUGGUGACAUUCUCUUGCAAUAUUGGGUAUGUUAUGCAAGGGCCAACAAAGGCACAGUGCCAGGCCAACAGACAGUGGAGCCAUCCUCCACCAGUGUGCAAAGUGGUGAACUGCUCUGAUCCUGGAAUUCCAGCCAAUUCCAAAAGAGAAAGUAAAAUAGAACAUGGAAAUUUCACCUAUGGCACUUUGGUAUUCUAUGACUGCAAUCCUGGGUAUUUCUUAUUUGGAUCUUCGGUUUUAAUAUGUCAACCAAAUGGACAGUGGGACAAACCUUUACCAGAAUGUAUCAUGAUUGACUGUGGACACCCUGGCGUUCCUCCUAAUGCAGUCCUGUCUGGUGAGAAGUACACCUUUGGGUCCACUGUUCACUAUUCCUGCACAGGAAAGCGUACCCUUCUAGGCCAGUCAUCAAGGACUUGCCAAUUAAACGGCCAUUGGAGUGGAUCACAACCUCAUUGUUCAGGUGAUGCUACUGGUACAUGUGGGGAUCCGGGUACUCCUGGGCAUGGUUCUAGACAGGAAAGUGAUUUCAGAACCAAAAGUUCUGUACGUUUUGCUUGUGAUAUUGGUUAUAUCCUUCAUGGCUCAGAAGAAAGAACAUGUUUAGCCAACGGCAGUUGGACUGGAAGGCAACCAGAAUGCAAAGCUGUACAGUGUGGCAACCCAGGAACGACAGCCAAUGGAAAAGUCUUUCGGAUUGAUGGUACCACGUUUUCCAGUUCAGUUAUCUAUUCCUGUAUGGAGGGAUAUAUCCUUUCUGGACCUUCUGUUAGACAGUGCACAGCCAAUGGAACAUGGUCUGGAACUUUGCCUAACUGUACAAUAAUCAGUUGUGGAGACCCAGGUAUACCAGCCAAUGGACUGAGAUAUGGAGAUGAUUAUGUGGUUGGACAAAAUGUCUCUUAUAUGUGCCAGCCAGGCUAUACAAUGGAAUUGAACGGUUCCAGAAUUAGGACUUGUACAACUAAUGGCACAUGGAGUGGAGUAAUGCCAACUUGUAGAGCUGUUACCUGCUCAACUCCUCCCCAGAUCUCUAAUGGAAGGUUGGAAGGAACAAAUUUUGACUGGGGCUUUAGUAUUAGCUACAUCUGUUCUCCAGGCUAUGAACUAUCCUUUCCUGCUAUUCUGACCUGUGUAGGGAACGGUACCUGGAGUGGAGAAGUACCACAGUGCUUACCCAAGUUCUGUGGUGACCCUGGUAUACCUGCGCAAGGGAAAAGAGAAGGCAAAAGCUUUAUAUACCAGUCGGAAGUUUCAUUUAGCUGCAAUUCUCCUUUCAUAUUAGUGGGAUCAAGCACCAGAAUAUGUCAGGCAGAUGGCAUGUGGAGUGGUUCGUCACCUCACUGCAUAGAACCCACCCGUACCUCAUGUGAAAAUCCAGGAGUCCCAAGGCAUGGAUCUCAGAACAAUACAUUUGGAUUUCAAGUAGGAAGUGUUGUGCAGUUCCAUUGCAAAAAAGGGCACCUUCUCCAAGGGUCUACAACACGCACUUGCCUUCCUGACCUCACAUGGAGUGGAAUUCAGCCUGAGUGCAUACCCCACAGCUGUAAACAACCAGAAACCCCUGCUCAUGCAAAUGUAGUAGGAAUGGACCUUCCAUCUCAUGGCUAUACACUCAUUUAUACCUGCCAGCCUGGCUUCUUCUUAGCAGGUGGAACAGAACAUAGAGUGUGUAGAUCUGAUAACACCUGGACAGGAAAAGUUCCUGUUUGUGAAGCUGGUUCCAAAAUAUUGGUGAAAGAUCCAAGACCUGCACUAGGAACACCCAGCCCAAAGCUAAGUGUUCCUGAUGAUGUGUUUGCCCAAAAUUAUAUAUGGAAAGGCUCUUACAAUUUCAAAGGAAGGAAACAACCCAUGACCUUGACAGUUACCAGUUUCAAUGCUUCCACUGGGAGAGUCAAUGCAACACUCAGCAAUAGCAACAUGGAACUGCUGCUUUCAGGGGUGUAUAAAAGCCAGGAAGCUCGCCUGAUGUUACAUAUCUACUUUAUUAAAGUACCAACUCAUGCUUCUGUGAAGAAAAUGAAGGAGGACAAUUGGGCCAUGGAUGGCUUUGUUUCUGCUGAGCCUGAUGGAGCUACUUAUGUAUUUCAAGGAUUUAUUCAGGGCAAAGAUUAUGGGCAAUUUGGACUACAAAGACUAGGACUAAACACGUCAGAAGGCUCAAAUUCUUCAAAUCAGCCUCAUGGUACAAACAGUAGUUCCGUGGCCAUUGCUAUUCUUGUGCCUUUUUUUGCACUUAUAUUUGCAGGAUUUGGAUUUUAUCUUUAUAAACAAAGGACUGCACCCAAAACACAGUAUACAGGAUGUUCAGUUCAUGAAAAUAACAAUGGUCAAGCAGCUUUUGAAAACCCCAUGUAUGAUACCAACGCAAAGUCAGUGGAAGGGAAGGCAGUACGAUUCGAUCCCAACUUGAACACAGUCUGCACAAUGGUAUAACUCGGCAACUCUUUGCCUUCUUCAGAAGCUUGGAAAUCGACACACAAAACAGUGCACAUUUAGUUCACUGCUAAACAAAUUAAAGCACACUUUUCAGGACUUGCUGGGUCACCUUUUCCUGAGGAAUGAUAGAGAAGAGUGUUUUUUCAUAAACUGGACCAUAAUUCUUCUUCAUGUUUACCAUGGAGAGUUUUACAGAAAUUUGGCUGCACUCUGAGAGUGCUUACUCACAGUUUAUUUGCUUUUUUUAAAAAGGAGAUUAUUCUAAAACAUAAACUUAUUUGCAUAUAUUGGAGGAGCAUCCACUAUCAGUAUUUCUGUGCUUUAUAAAGUAUAUUAGAGGGACUGGGUUUAAAAAAAAAGAUAUAGGGUAGAAAAUAAGAGCUAUACUUACAAGAGUCAAUAGAUCACUGACUUCUCUUUAACUGUCAUGAGCUACAUCAUACCCAUGAGUCUGUAUUUCACACCACUCUAUCCGCUAUCUAUUCUUGUUAAUUGAGUCAUUGUCUUCCUGAUUUCUAUGGUUAUUUCAGAUUGAGUCAUGUCCUGCAGUGUUUAUGAGCUAAUUUAUGCCACAGAAGAGAUAAGACUGCCUGCUCUGAUUUGACUCUUUCUGGUAUUUGUUCUUCGGUAUCAUAUUGCUAUUCUUUUUUUGGACUGGUUGUCACAGUUUCUGCAAAUGGCAAGAUCAUUGUGCUCUUCUCCCAAUUUCCCUCAUUAUGUUGUAACCAAUAUUAUUCCGUAAGCCUUGGGGCAGUGUUUAACACCUUGCUUCAAUCUGUUUUGUCACCCAGAAACCACUCUAGCUGGCAAAAUUAUCUAUAAUAAUGAUGAUUUUGCAGUUAUCUGAGACACCAAACUUACCAUCCUUUACCACACUUUCCAAAGUUUUUGAAAGACCAAACAGAACCUAUUAAUCUACUGUGUUUAGUCUAUGAUAUAUCCUAUUUUCCUUCCAUUUGAACCUCCAAAUUUAUUUCACAUCGUUUUGAACUUUUAUCAACAAUGAGUUAGCAAUGUAAGAUUUUAAGUUUUCAACUUUUAUCUAACAGUGAGUUAGACAUACAUUUUGGACCAGUCCAUAAAUACAAUGAUUACAAAAAAAUUUACACUUUCAAAUCACCAAUAUAAAUUUAUUUCCUAAAGUCAUAGAUUUUCCAAAUUUUCAUGUAUUUUAAACUUUCUAUACUCUUAUUCUUAAGAAGCAGGUUUCAGAUAUGACAGGCUUCUUUCAUCAUCAAAUUAAGAUUCACAUUUGCAGGUUAUUGGUGGCUCAUUUACAGCUGUAUCACAGCAAUGCCAGCAUAUUGAUUUAAUAGGCUGUUGUCUUCCUUUUCUAGCAUGUUUUACUUCAUUGAAUAAACUAUGUACCCAGUGUGAACUCUUUGUUGUUGUCCCUCUCAAAUAUGGAAAACUCUGUAAACAGUCUCGACUUUUUGUAUCAUGAGACAGAGUGCCUAAGAGAAAUCAUUGCACCCGGAAGCGCUGCUUGGAUCUAUCCCUACAACAUUUAGUGAAUUUCUUGUAAACCACUUUGAGAUACAUUGUUUUGGAAAUUCAUACAAUUUUCUCAACAUUGUACUCUACUGACAGGAUGCUGUUUUAAAUUUUAUGCCAUCAGUUAUUUAUUCUUGUUUAUUCAAAUGACUGCAAUAACAAUGAUUCAUUCAUUAAUGUUAAGGUUAAUACAUUUAAGAUCUUGUUUAAACAAUGUUUCUUCUGCAACUGGCUACUCCUCUUAUAUUAAUGCAUACACUUUUGUAAAGAAGUAUAUUUUUAUGAAAAAAAAACUUUGUAAAAGUAUGAUGUAAAUUUUCAGUGCAAUGUAAACAAAAUAAA